GUCUCAAAUACUAAUCUGCAGCAAGAAUGACAGGAUUCAGAAUCCCAUCUGACAGUCUCAUGUUUAGAAACUGAGUCUGCGUGUUACACUAAAUAUGGUUGUUAUGGUUCUGUCAUGAGUGCUAUGGAAGAGAUAGAGGAGGGCGUCCAUGAAGCUCCGCUUCCUUCUGGAGAUGCUGUUGAUACUCUUAGAAAAGAACGGGCUGGAAGUCAGAAGCGAAGGCAGCCAAGCAGGGACUCGAAAGCCUGGAUCGAUGGAAUAAAGGUGAUCUAUAAAGGCACCCCGACCGUGGAAGAAGCGUUGGAUUUCUUCACUCGAACCUGGGAUGAUGAUGAUCCCGGAAGGAGAGCGCAGCAACGAAAAGCUAGUCAUGGGGAAGGGAUCCUCUUGCCAGAAGUAGGGGGAGAUGAAGAAAAACUUCUGGAAUUCUCCCAGCUAGAUGACCUCGGGAUCCAUCGAUUGAGUGAUCUCCUGGAAGAGCCCCAAAUACAGAUGUUCGACGAGAAACUCCCUUCCAACAUCGUUCUGAUGCCUUCACGAAACGUCCCUAUUGAAGAGAGGAUUUCUCCUCAGGCAAAACCGUAUUUCUUGGAAGAGGAAGGGUUUUACGUGGGCAGCGAGGUUCCUGUUUCAAAGUUCAAUAAGCAGAAAAUGGAAUAUCGUAUGUGGAGAAGCUCAGCAAAGCAAUGGUUUGGACCCGAUGGUCAGUUGGUGCGGGAACCAGACCCCCUAGAAGAUACUGCAUUUCACAUGUCUUUGGAUGGAGAUAUUCCUGAUGCUCUUGAAACCAUUCAUCUUCCCCCUCUAAGGAAGGAGUUGAUUGACCUGGAGCAGAGGAGUCUCACAGGGACUGGAUCUUAUAUUCUGGAUGUGGACAUUGCAAGUAUCAGCUUCAGUCACCAUCCAUUGUUUGGGGCUGAGCAUGUGAUUGCUCAAGAACUUAAUGCUCAGUAUCAGAUGUAUGCCAGGCAUAUGAAGGUAGAUCGUGCUGGUCAUUGCUGCCAUCGAGUGGAAGCCUUGAGAAAAGCCAUCAAGAACAUCCGUGAAGUUCUGUCUAUGGAGGGCAGAGAUUCUCAGAAGUCCCGUCUUCUGAAGGCCAGGAUGCGGAAUUACCAAGAGGACUUGAGGAGUGCCUGUGAGGAGAGAGACCAGGUGUUUGCUGCUCAGAAAUCAGUGUUCUCCAAGAUUUUAGGCUUAUGGAAGUGCCUGAAGCAAAAGCGGGAACAACAGGGCUAUGCCUCUUCAUCGCUCAAACUUCAAAUUUUGGAAGAUCCAGACUUCAAAGAGGCAGAAGAGUGGAGGAAAUGGGAACAGGAGAUUGAGACAGAAGUGGAGAAUCGACAGGAAGAGUAUGAGGAAAUGUUUCAGAUGCAGCUAGAGGACUAUCGAAAGGAGCUGAGAGAAUGGACCAAAACCAAGACAGAAUGGGAAGCUGCACGGCAGAGGCAAGAUCGACGUCUUGAAGGUGAUGAGGUUCCAAAUGACAAUGAAGAAUUGAGAAGUCACGAUGAAGACAUUUUGUCUUCAAGUUUACAGAAGGAACCUGUUUGCCCGAAGCCUUUUGAAAGAGACAGGGUUAUUCAUGAAGUCAUGGAACAGUUUAAGACCCAUCGUCUCCUUCCAAAUGAAACCCGUUAUAAACUGAAACUCACAUCAUCAGUGCCUGUGACCCCUCAAGAGAAUGUCACCUCAAAAAGAGAGGUUCAGCGUCGAAAUGCCAUGUCCAAGGCCAACAUCUGUGUGAAGCUGAUCAUCAAUAACAAAGAAGUGAGCCGAACACAUGUGAGAACCUUGGGGCAAGACUUUGUUGUUGGAAUAGGAGAGAUCAUCAGUUGUCAUCUGUAUCAACGUCCAGACAGCAUCAUUCUUCAAGUCCUGGAAGGUGGACGACUUCAAACUCAAAAAUUGGCUGCAGUCUCCAUAUCUAUACCUCAUAUUAAUGCAACCAUGGCAACAACUCCACAUGAAACGGUACAAUUCAGCAAUCCUCGUACAGUCCGUCCAGGUAAUGGAGGGGUUGGGUGUGGUAUGCCAUUCAAGUUUGAGAUGGAGCCUGAAUGGUCCAAGGUAGUUGUCACUUCUGGCUCUAUUCUCUGUCGUGCCUUUUGGGGAUGUGAUGAGAAUGGGAAAGUCAAGGCUCCCCCUCCUGAGCGUACCUUUGCAAGGUCAGAGAUUUUUCGCCCUCUCUUCACAUUUGAUGGUGAGAGUGACCAGAGCAGUCGACAGUUAGCUGAUUGGAUGGAAGUUGCCCACCUGGAUCCCAAUGACCCCAAAAAUUCAGCCAUUUUCUCUGUGAUUCGGGCAAUGUCAGAUGCUUCUGAUCCUGGUAGCAUUAACUGCUUUCGACUGGCAGAUCCUCAGGCCUCUGCUGAGUUUGUUGAUGAAUCAGAAAUCUUGGAUGAUCCACGGUUCAAGAUUCUUCUGUUGCGGAAUAGGCAGACCCCUGAAUUUAAGCAUCUCAGUCAGAUCCCUACUGAUUUAUCCUUAGAAGCAGGUCGCCACCUUAUCUCACUGUUAAGGGAUUUUGAGAAGCGGGAAGGAGAUCGAAGCAUGCAGUUCAGUUCCUUGACAAUUGGAGACAAGAUAACAGGGUAUCACUUGCGGAUCAAUUAUAUCCAGAGCAGUCUCCAAAAGUGGGUGGCAUCUCGCAUGGAGAGGGCUCAGAUGCCAAAAAGCCUGGAAGAUCUUGUGUACGAGGAGACAGUCCCAGACAUUGGAGUCAUUGGUGAGAAGUUGCUGCAGCUCCUGUCCUCUCAUCGUCCUCUUCAUCCAAUGCGUUCAGAAAGGCGCAAGAUGAAUAUACAGCAGUCUGUCCUCACACAUGUGAAGCUUGUGAUCAAUGUCAUCAAAGCAACUAAUAUUCCAAUGAGGAAAGACCAGGACAGCAUUCGUUCAUCAGAUGUAGUGAAUGAUCUUUGUGAGGCAUCAAGUGUACGGCCUUUUGUGCAAGUGAGUGUGGAGGACCUGGAGGUGAAAACAUCUUCAACUGAGGGGAAUUCACCCACAUGGAAUGAACAGCUGAUAAUACCCCUAAAAACGCUUGAACAGGAUCUGACUGGAAAUUGGCAGCAGGUAAUGGGUGAAGUGGUAACUCUGGAUUUAUUUGAUGAGAUGACCAUUGAUAUUCUCGAAGAUGACCGGGAGAGAGAUACAACAAUCCAUCAGAGACUGGAACGUCAUUGGCUGGGAUCCUUGAAAAUCCCUCUGUUGAGUUUACUCUCUUCACCCAGGGUGGAGGGUACAUUCUUGAUGGGUGUGCCACAAGUGCUACUGGGAUAUGAGUGGGAAUCACGGACACAUGUCCACAGUGUGGCAUCUCCAACUGGGCUCCCUGCAUCUCCAAUGGAAGGAGGAAGUGGCACAAGUCAAGACAUUACCAUGUCACUGUUCAUAACUCUGAAUCCUCCUGUUGCUAUGCCUUUCAAGAAACAUGAUGGAAAAUAUCCAAGUGAGGAACCCCCAGCCUUGAUAUCUGCUGCUUUCAGUACUGAGAAGUAUUAUAAUGAGAGAUUUCCUGGUCGACUUAUCAAACUUCUAGUUAUGGACAUCACCUGCAAAUCCAUGUUUGUAACUCGUUAUGUCUCUCCUCUUCCCCCACCUGAGCAAGUUCUGCAUCAGAGUGAUGCACGCACAUCUGAUGAACGUGUUGCAUAUUAUGUGUCUCUGAUUCCUGUGACACGAAGCCUUUUUGCACAGAACACAGACUGUGAGAUGUGGAUGGCAUCUGAGCACUUCAUGUCGAUGUUGAAUGGAGAUGUGAAAGAACAUGCCCUUCUACUGACCAACUAUUUUCUGCACAUGGGGAAAAUUGCUUGGCUAUCGAUUGGACAUGGUCAGCUGAAUGGACACACUGCCUUUGUUGUAACACAGGAAGACUUGGAUUAUUUUGUGUGGGUCCCUGAAACAGGACAGCAUUUUAGUUACAAGGAUCCUUUUUGUCCAAUGACAAAAGCUUGGUGUCUCAUCAAUGCAGACAAUGUAUGGAUGAACAUCCAGCCAUAUCAAUCUGAUAAGCCUGGUUUCCUGGUCCUUGAUGUCAACAAUGCAUCUUGUUGGGAGCCAUUCUUUGGGAAGAGCUACUUCCUUCCACGAGGGACACUUGUAACUGUUCAAAAUCCUUUCACCUACAACCCAAUUGAUGUGAGCUUGGCUAAACUCCCUGGAAUCGACAUUGCACUGCCAUCCUACGGUCUCUGUUACCUCACCUGGAGCAGCAAAGAGGAAGUCUUGAGGAGCAUCUGUCUAAGCUUCAUGAUGUCCUUGGAGCAUACAAGGUAA